CACCGCGUCACCUGCGUUGACGACCGGCCAAACCAGCAUAACCCCCGAGUAUUCUUCGAGUCUUCGCACCGCUCGUCAAGAUGGCCUCUUACAGGGUCGCCGCCCCCGAUGAGUACCUUGCCAUCACGGGCAUGGGAAUCAAAAAUGUCAAGAUCUGCAAAGCAACAUGGGUGUGGCCCUUCCAGCGCGUCAUGCGCUUCAGCGUGCAGCCCCACGACUACGCCAUGAACUUGCAGGCCAUGACCAAGGAGAAGCUCCAGUUCCUGCUGCCCGUCGUCUUCACCGUCGGCCCCGACGUCAACCAGCGCGGCGCCAACACUAAGCAUCCGGCCCACCAGCCGGAGGCUCCCAUCACCGGCGCCGGCAGUGACGGCACCCCCGCGGGUGACGACUAUGUCCGCGACCACCGGCGCGAGGAUCAGGGCGACGCCCUGAUGAAGUACGCCAUGCUGUUGGCCGACUCUGGAAACCACAAGGGCACCAACAACCGCCAAUUUCUCGAGAACAUCGUGAAGGGCAUCAUCGAGGGCGAGACCCGCGUGCUGGUGUCCAGCAUGACUAUGGAGGAGAUCUUCACCGAGCGCGAGGUCUUCAAGCGCCGCAUCUUCCGGAACAUCCAGAGCGAGCUAGAUCAGUUUGGCCUCAAGAUCUACAACGCCAACGUCAAAGAGCUCAAGGACGCCCCAAACUCGGUCUAUUUCGAAUCCCUCAGCCGCAAGGCCCACGAGGGCGCCACGAACCAGGCCCGGAUCGACGUCGCCGAGGCUCAACUGCGCGGCAACGUGGGGGAGGCGAAGCGGAAGGGCGAGCAGGAGCGUGAGAUCGCCAAGAUUCACGCCGAGACAGCGGUCCAGAAGACGGAGCGCGACAUCGAGCGGGCCCAGGCCGAAGCCAUCCUCGCGACCCGCAAGACCGAGCUCAACCGGGACGUCGAGAUCGCCCGCAUCGCCGCCACGCGUAAGACGGAGGCCCAGGAUGAGGACCUCAAGCGCGAGGUGCAGAUCAAGCGCGCCGCGGCCGAGAUGGAGCGGCUCCGCGCCAGCGACGUCGUUAAGGCCACCAUCGCCCGCGAGUCGAAGCAGCAGGCCGCGGACGCGAAAGCCUACGAGAUCGAGGUGGAGGCCAAGGCCAACUUCGAGAAGCAGAAGCAGAGCGCCGAGGCGGGCGCGUACAAGGUCAAGAUCGACACGGACGCCGCCGCCUACAAGACCAAGCAGGACGCCGAGGCCUGGAGCUAUGCCGCGGUCAAGAACGCCGAGGCCAACCUGCAGAAGAAGCUGAAGGAGGCCGAGGGUCUCGCCGCCACGGCCGACGCCUACGCCAAGAUGAGCGCGGCCUUCGGCGGCCCCGCCGGCCUGCUGCAGUUCCUGAUGAUCGAGAAGGGCACGUACGUCGAGCUGGCCAAGGCCAACGCCGAGGCCAUCCGCGGCCUCCAGCCCAAGAUCACCAUCUGGAACACCGGCGCCGAGGCCGGCGUCGACGGCGGCCACGGCGGCGGCAGCGUCGCCAACCAGAGCAGCAUCGCCACCAUGCGCAACAUCUACCAGAUGCUCCCGCCGCUCAUGACGACCAUCAACGAGCAGACCGGCAUCACGCUGCCCGAGUGGCAGUUUGGCCGUCUGGCCAACCAGAUGUCCCAGCUCGAGCUGGAGAAGAACAGCAAGCCUAAUGGGAAGCCCUGAGGAGCUGAGGACAGGCGUCGAGGAAGUUCACUCAUUUUUCUCUCAUCAUUUGUGCUGUGAGACGGUGCGGGAGUUCCCGUACCUCAUCAUGA